GGGGGAGGUGCUGCGAGUCCAAGAUGGCGGCGCCCUGUAGGCUGGAGGGACUGUGAGGUAAACAGCGGCGGGGGAGGAGAGGUGGUGACCAUGAAAGACACCAAGUUGAGAACACUGGAAACUGAAGUACCAAUUUUCCUCAGAACAGUCUGGUAGCAGCCCUAAAUGAAGAGCCGUCCAAGCCUUUAAUGCACAUCCUGGAGCCAGCACAACACAGUCAAGUGAGAGAAUGGCCCAGCCAGCAAACGUUGGGGAGCUGCUUUCCAUGCUGGAUUCCCCUACCCUGGGCAUACGUGAUGAUGUGACAGCUGUCUUUAAAGAGAACCUCAAUUCUGACCGUGGUCCCAUGCUUGUAAACACCUUGGUGGACUAUUACCUGGAAACCAGUUCUCAGCCAGCGUUGCACAUCCUGACUACCUUGCAAGAGCCACAUGAUAAGCACCUCUUGGACAAAAUUAAUGAGUACGUGGGCAAAGCUGCCACCCGUUUAUCCAUCCUGUCGUUGCUGGGGCAUGUUGUGCGACUACAGCCAUCUUGGAAGCAUAAACUUUCUCAAGCACCUCUUUUGCCUUCUUUACUGAAAUGUCUCAAGAUGGACACUGAUGUCGUCGUCCUCACAACAGGCGUCUUGGUGUUGAUCACCAUGCUGCCAAUGAUUCCACAAUCAGGGAAGCAGCACCUUCUUGAUUUCUUUGACAUUUUUGGCCGUCUUUCGUCAUGGUGCCUGAAGAAACCAGGCCACGUGACAGAAAUCUACCUUGUCCAUCUCCAUGCCAGUGUUUAUGCCCUUUUUCAUCGUCUUUAUGGAAUGUACCCUUGCAACUUUGUCUCCUUUCUGCGUUCACACUACAGUAUGAAGGAAAACUUGGAGACUUUUGAAGAAGUGGUCAAGCCAAUGAUGGAGCAUGUGCGAAUUCACCCAGAAUUAGUGACUGGAUCCAAGGACCAUGAACUGGACCCUCGAAGGUGGAAGAAAUUAGAAACUCACGAUGUUGUGAUAGAGUGUGCCAAAAUCUCUCUGGACCCUACGGAAGCCUCAUAUGAAGAUGGCUAUGCUGUGUCUCACCAGCUCUCUGCUCACUUCCCUCAUCGCUCUGCUGAUGUCACCACCAGCCCUUAUGUUAACACACAGAAUAGCUAUGGGAGUGCUACUUCUACCCCGUGCUCCUCUUCUCGGCUGAUGUUGCUCAGUACGCCCGGGCAGCUACCUCAGACUCUGAGUUCCCCGUCGACACGGCUGUUACCUGAGCCACCCCAAGCUACUCUUUGGAGCCCAUCUAUGAUUUGUGGUAUGACCACUCCUCCGACGUCUCCUGGAAAUGUCCCACCUGAUUUGUCACACCCUUACAGUAAAGUCUUUGGUACAACUGGUGGAAAAGGAACUCCUCUGGGAACCCCAGCAACCUCUCCUCCUCCAGCCCUACCCUGCCAUUCAGAUGACUAUGUGCACAUUUCACCCCCCCAGGCCACAGCUACACAACCCAGGAAGGAGGAGAAAACAGAUUCUUCAAGGCCGUGUCUGCACAGACAGCACCAUCUUCCAAAUGACAGAGGAUUAGAAGAACUACCUGGCAACAAAGGUUCUGUUACUCUAAGUGAUCUUCCAGGGUUUUUAGGUGAUCUGGCCUCUGAGGAAGACAGUAUUGAAAAAGACAAGGAAGAAGCUGCAAUAUCUGAAGAACUUUCUGAGAUCGCUACCGUGGAACCCGAGCCCAUGGUUCCUCGAGGGGGCUUUGACUCUCCUUUCUACCGAGACAGUCUACCAGGUUCUCAGCGGAAGACACAUUCAGCAGCCUCUGGGACUCAGGGAUCUGGCAUGAACCCUGAGCCUUUACACUCCUCUCUGGACAAGCUUGGGCCCGACACACCAAAGCAAGCCUUUACUCCCAUAGACCUGCCCCGCAGUGGUGCCAACACCAGCCCCGCUGGGGACAGGGAGCGCCAGACUUCUCUGGAGACCAGUAUCCUCACUCCCAGCCCUUGCAAAAUUCCUCCUAGGAGGGGAGUGGGCUUUGGAAGUGGGCAGCCUCCCCCAUAUGAUCAUCUCUUUGAGGUGGCCUUGCCAAAGACUGCCUGUCAUUUUGUCAGCAAAAAGACCGAGGAGCUGUUAAAGAAAGCAAAAGGAAACCCUGAAGAAGACUAUGUGCCCUCUACCUCCCCAAUGGAAGUACUGGAUAGGUUGAUACAGCAGGGAGCAGAUGCACACGGCAAGGAGCUCAGCAAGUCGUCCUUACCCAGCAAGUCUAUCGAUUGGACCCACUUUGGAGGUUCCCCUCCUUCAGAUGAGAUCCGCACCCUCCGAGACCAGUUGCUAUUACUGCACAACCAGUUACUCUACGAGCGCUUUAAGAGGCAGCAGCAUGCUCUCCGCAACAGGAGGCUGCUGCGCAAGGUGAUCAGAGCUGCCGCUCUGGAGGAACACAAUGCUGCCAUGAAAGAUCAGUUGAAGUUACAAGAGAAAGACAUCCAGAUAUGGAAGAUGAGUCUGCAGAAAGAACAAGACAGAUACAGUCAGCUUCAGGAACAGCGUGACACCGUGGUAACCCAGCUCCACAGUCAGAUCAGACAGCUGCAACAUGACCGAGAAGAAUUCUACAACCAGAGCCAGGAGUUGCAGACGAAGCUCGAGGACUGCAGGAACAUGAUUGCAGAACUGCGCGUGCAGCUGAAGAAGGCCAACAACAAGGUGUGCCACACUGAGCUGCUGCUCAGCCAGGUCUCCCAGAAGCUGUCAAAUAGCGAGUCGGUCCAGCAGCAGAUGGAGUUCUUGAACAGGCAGCUGUUGGUGCUCGGGGAGGUCAACGAACUGUACUUGGAACAACUGCAGAACAAGCACUCAGACACCACCAAGGAAGUGGAAAUGAUGAAAACUGCCUAUCGGAAGGAACUAGAAAAAAACAGAAGCCACGUUCUCCAGCAGAAUCAGAGACUUGAUACCUCCCAGAAACGGAUUUUGGAACUGGAAUCUCAUUUGGCCAAGAAAGACCACCUUCUUCUGGAACAGAAGAAAUAUUUGGAGGAUGUCAAGGCCCAGGCAAGAAGACAGCUAGAGGCUGCAGAGAGCAGAUAUGAGGCUCAAAAAAAGAUCACCCGAGUGUUUGAGUUGGAGAUCUUAGACUUGUAUGGCAGGUUGGAAAAGGAUGGUCUCCUGAAAAAACUUGAAGAGGAAAAGGCAGAAGCAGCUGAAGCAGCGGAAGAAAGGCUUGACUGUUGUAAUGAUGGCUGCCCGGAUUCCAUGGUAGGGCACAAUGAAGAGGCAUCUGGCCACAAUGGAGAGACCAAGACUCCCAGGCCUGGCAGUACCCGGGGCAGUAGUGGAGGUAGAGGAGCAGGAGGCAGCAGCAGCAGUAGCAGUGAGCUUUCUACCCCGGAGAAACCCCCAAGCCAGAGGGCAGGCCCAUUCAGCAGCCGGUGGGAAACUGCCAUGGGUGAGCCCUCCACCAGCAUCCCCACGACUGUUGGCUCUCUCCCCAGUUCCAAAAGUUUCCUGGGCAUGAAGGCCCGGGAGUUAUUUCGUAAUAAGAGUGAGAGCCAGUGUGAUGAGGACGGCAUGACCAUCAGUAGCCUUUGUGAGACCCUAAAGACAGAACUGGGGAAAGACUUGGGCUUGGAAGCCAUGACUCCCUUGAACCUAGACAGCCCGCAUCCAUCUCCCCCAAACCCAGACAGUGUUGGACAGCUUCGCAUCAUGGACUACAAUGAGACUCAUCACGAACACAGCUAAGGAGAGUCAGUCAGUGUUAACUUGCGUCUUGUUGGCAUAGAACAGGAGGUGCGAAUGCUUGUUCAAGGCUUUCCUGUUUCCAGGGUCUGGGUGGCUGCUCACGUGGUGGGAGUGGGACGGAGGUCCUUUUGACGCCUGACUGAAUGCACAACGGUUUUCGGAUCUGGCCUUGAAAUGCCUCUUAGCCUUCCCCUUGACCCUCUCUGAUUCACCCAGCAGUCUGUACUAAUGGAGGGCCAUUUUGCGUUCCUCAGUAGCUUUAUUUUCCUUCCUUUUCCCCCAAAUGGUUGCAUCCUUUGAACCUGUGCAAUAUGAGGCCAAAUUUCAUCUUUGAGUCUAACACACCACUCUCUGCUUUCCUGAAGUCAGAUAACUGGGCGGCCCUUGGUUAGACUAGGCAGUUGGCGGCAUUGCAGGUAAGUUUGGUUUUGUCCCUUCCAGGAAGACGUACCUUGCAAAGCUGAUUGACUUCACGGGAAAGCUCUUAUGGGAGACUUCUCACUGCUUUUUGGUUCUGAGGUUCGGCAUCUAAAAUAGCAGAUCUAGAAAAACAUGGUUCAUUCACCCUUCCAUUCUUUUGGCGGUUCUGAUAAGCUUCCUAGAAAGUUCUGCUUAGACAAAUGCCCGUUUCCAAAGUCUGGUUGGCGCUGUGGAGGCUCUGCUUCCUCACCCUUUGGGAAAGUUCUUGUCCCUCUUUCCCCACUACCUCUUAUUUAUUUGAUGUUUGCUUGAAUGGUGGCACCCCACUGACCCAGGCUGGCAUGUGGCUGAUAAGCUUGUUCUCUGUGGGUGCAAGGAGAGGUCCCAGGGAGAGGUUGCUGGAAGCUCAGGUGUGUGGAGCUGCACCUCUGGGCUGGUCUUGCCAGCUGAGCUAUUGGUUCAGCCCUGGGUCUGGUGGCCCUCACCCCCACCCCCGAGCUCAUUCAUGUCUCUUGUUUGCUGGCUACUUGGUAAUACUGCAGCAGAGAGGCUCUGGAGAUCCAGAGAGUUUUCUUCACAGCUUACGUGACAUUUCUUGGGCUGUGGGGUUGCCACACUACUGUAGGUUCCAGGCCACCACAAAGGUAGCAGCUUUUUCACACAAAUUCUAACUUUCAGGGCCAGCUCUCCUGGGAGCUUGAUAUUGUCACCCUCUCCAGAUUAGGAAUGACAGAGCAACAUAGAGUUGAGUCUGGCAGGGUGGUGUUGGAGGCGGCCUGCCUGUACCAACUGGGCUGCCUGCAGGUGCUCAUGAGGGCCAUACAAGUCAGAGCGCCAGCAGUGCCGAGCAUCCAGGCUCAAUAAGUGCUUCUGAAGAAGUGCUAGACGCCUAAGGAUCAUUCCUGGCGUCCCAGUCCAGGUAGGAGAUACUUGGCAGGAAGGAGCCAGUGAACUUGGUAUUUCUGUUUCUGUUCUUUCCAUGAAAAGAAUAUAAGGGUUCAGUCGUGAAGAAAUUAAACUGUAAUGGUACGAAAUCUCACGGCAUGUGAAAAUUUCCAGCACGUGAGGGUGAAAGUCUUUUUGUUAGUAGUAAAUAUUCUAGCAUCCCUAACUAAAGAGAACUAGGCAGAGACUCCAUGUCACCAUGGCAAUACUGGCCAAAGACCUGCUGGGAACAGGGUUUCUGGUGUAACUGAUUGACCUCAGCCACAGAAGGGCAUGCCCUGACUGCUAGCCGCCCCGCAGAGGCCAGCCCUCAGCACUGGUUGUCCAGUGUGGAGUCCUGGGGGAUUCCACACUUCUGAUUCUGCUUUGUCCAAAGGAAAGCUUAAAAUCCAAUAUAUUCUGGUUUCCUUGUUCCAUUGUAUACAAGGACAACAUGAACAAGUUUAAAAAGGGCAGGAAGAUGUUACAGGUUAACUGUUUGCAGUGCUUUCUCCUUCCCAUGCCCACUAAAUCUGUGCCACAAAACAAAGAUACCAGGCACUUAAUUCGCAGCCUUUCCUUACCUGGCACCGGAAAGGAGGCCUGUGUAAGAAGGGAAAGAACGUUAUAUGGAUUGUAAAAUGUAGGGAAGGAAAGAGGCAGUUGACCAAGGUGUGGCUGAAGGCUCCAAGUUUCUGUGCCAGGCCAUCGGCCAUUCCUCCAGCCUAGGUUCCAUCUCCCAGCUUUAUAGCCCAGGUGGACCCCAGUGCUCUGGCUUGGGCCCCUGUGAGUUCUAGGAGGCCGCUCUAUAUGGGUUUCACACAUAUAGAGAUGGGAGAUUGAGUCCUGGGGUCCUGGUGAAGUUACCCAGCCUGAAAACUUGGGCUUUGGUGUUGCAAAGGGCUCCAAAUUUAGUUCAAGACUUGCUUUUGUUUUGAAAGUAGUGAACUUGCCAAGGGUUCAAGUGGGUCACUUGAUGAUACCUCAAGCAGUUUAACGAUGAAAGGCAAUAGGGAGAGGAACUCCUGAGGGGCUGCUGAGGCCUAAGGAAAGGCAUUGGAAUGAUGAGCGCGCUCGGGAGAGCCUGUCUCGUCACUGACUGAGCUCCUGGUAUCUGGGACUGGGUGGCUCCUUCCGGAAAUCACUGUGAGCGAUGCUGACAACCAGUACACAUAACUCGAACUCCUUCCUGACCCCAACCAGCCCUGCACCAGCCCUGAGCAGCCCAGAACCUGCAUCUCAUGCAGAGUGGAAUCUGUUUAAAAAGGAAUCCUGUGCUAUUAUUUGGGGAUGGGGGAGGCAAGAGGAGCAGUAGGAAAGGGCAGAGAAAAAUGAGCUCCUGAACCCACUACUGUAAAUAAGCAAACACAUCUCUGAAAGAACCUUCAUGGGUUUUUAAAAGCUUGUGACAGGGCUCUAUCAUAAAGUCUGCAAAAAUUGGUACUGUGGGAUUCAGAGAAAUAAUGUGUUUAUGACUAUCAAGAAACCAACUGAAACCCAGAGGUAGGAGGUUGGGGUCUGUUCUUAGCUGGAGAGGUUUUAAGAGGUGUCAUUAGAGGUGAGUGCUGAGAGCAGCAUCACUGAGGCAGGUGGGCACAUAGUAAUCUGUUCAGGCUUGCCAACAGUGUUUUUGGAAAGACUGCCUGACCUUUGGGAAUAGCUGCAGAGAGUUCCUACUGUCUGUGAUGUACUUAAGGGAAACAGCUCACACUCUUAGAAGGUAUACUGCCGUAACCCAAAAGAAAGCCCAAGAAGCCACUAACAAUUAAAAACAGCCUCCCCCACCCCACCUCAUUGCUGCUGUGGCCAGAGGACAGCACCUCCUUGGGCAAAAGCAGGACAGUGGGCCCACAUACUAGGCUCUCCCUUCUGUUGCCAUUUGCAACAGAAUGUGUAGUUUCCAGCUCUUUUUUGUCCAGAAAGAUAAAACUUCAGCAGUUGUUUAGAGGGUGCAUGCCUGGUCAUGGGAUGCAAGAAUCUGUGAGCUGGACCAUAGAGCUUAGACUGGCAUUAAGGAAAGAAAACUGGUUACUUGUUUUUGUGUAGACAACAGAAGCGUGUUGUGAGUGGCCAAUGGUAAUUUCCACCAAAUACUAGAACCUACCACUUGAAGCCAGCAAGAACUGAAGAGUAAAGAAAGUCCAUGAGGAAGCAUGGGCAAGUGUGGGCAAGCGGAGGAGGAUUUGGGGCCCGGCAAGGUCAGGCCCACGCUGCAGUGCAGGCGGAGAGCUGUCUGCCCUUGCAAGGACUCUCCCGGCGUGGUCCCAGGAGCAGCUCAGGUCCACUCAGGAGGGUCUGCCUUGCAGGGGAGCCAGUUACCAUGUGUGCAGUGACCAGAGCACACUGGGCACCUGCUGUGGCUUCACUCUUGGAGGCAUAUGCUGUAGAACUGACUUACAGAAAGUGUUAGAGAACGUGUUCAGUCUGAGGGUGUUCGUUUGUCUGUUUACAUCCUGAGUGGUGACGCGUGCCCACUCCUCCCAGCAGAUCACUGCAAAGUCAUUAAUUGCACUUGAUUUAGCUUCUUUCUGUAGCCAAAAGAGAAGUUUAGGUCAGGAACUAGCUCCUAGGCUGCUGCUGAGACCCUUGUUCCCAGGCAGUUCCUUUCCCUAUCCGCGACUCCCUCAUGUGCCCAGGGAAGCUGUUUCCACACCAUCCUGCCACCUGUGCAUGCUCACUUGAAAGAUUGUUGGCAGAUGCAAAGGAAACCCCAGCUGCUUUUGGUGUUCAUUUAAAUGAGUUCAUGAGGGCCGAGGAGCUUUGUGCCGCUGCCCAGUGCCACCACACUAGCCACCCUUUGGGAUAAGCUGGCUGGUUUAGUCAUUGGAAUAGGUUUUUUGGAGCAGAACUUAGGAGCUCAAGGACCCCAAAACACCCCCCCCCCACCCAUCGUCCCCGCCCCACCUGGUGCAGUGUUUGGGCAGGAGGGUGCACCCAGGCUCUGCGCAGCACAUACUCUGGCUGAUCAGAGGCAGCCAAGCAUUUUGCACUAGGAAGAAUCAGUGAUCGAUCUUCAGAAGACUUCUAUGGACCAGUUACAUUACGGAGGAACAGAUUUUGCUAAGACGUAAUCUAGUUUUAUAACUCAAUCAUGGAUGAACCAUAUGAGGCUAACUUGCAGUUUAAAGGGGUCCCAUGAAUGAAAAUAAUCUGAUUUUUUUAACUGACUGCUUUUAGUUAAAUGCAAGAAAGUCCCCUCAUCAAAAGGUUUAAACUUUCCCACCUUGAUCUUAAAAGCAUGUCAAAACAAUCCAUAUCAGAUGCCAUAAACAUGAACUGCAAGAGAACAUGGUACAAUCUCAGUGAAUGGGAAUUGGAAUCAAAAGGGUUUGCUGUCCUUCUUAGAAUGUUCUAAAAUGUCAAGGCAGUUGCUUGUGUUUAACUGUGAACAAAUAAAAAUUUAUU